AUGAUCAGCAAGGCAAGAAUCACUCCGGGUGGAUCACUAGUGAGGCAGAAGAACAAAGAGGAGAGACGAUACCGAUGCUCCUCCAAUUCGUGCACUGUCAGAGUUUCCGGCACCAGCGGAGACGGCAAGGACAAACUUUUUGAAAGCCGCAUGGCGAAUCUCUGGAAGUCUAUCAAAGGAGCACAACGGAAGGAGAAGGAAAGCCAGCCGGCGUUGGCGGAGACUUGGCCUGCUAGGGCUACGACGACUAUGGCGGUGCCGGAGGUGGGAUUGGAAGGUGUGAUUUUACCUUUGAAAGGUAUGUUUAAUGGCUCAGGCCCAUUAGUGGGCAAAUCAAAAGAUGUGGCCGUGGGCCUUAAUGGUGCAAGGGGAAGUGAAAAGCCCAAAAAGCCGUCAUUUUCAAGAACAGCUCCUUCUUCAGGGGAAAACUCAAAGAAACUACAAGACCCGGUGGUUGGAGAGAAACUACCGGCAAUAUAUUAA